UAUUCACUAUGCAGGGAUAUAAACAAAGACGGAAGUAAAUAAGAAACCAUACGUUGAGUAUGGACACAGAUCACCAAAUAUACGAAACAAGGGCCGAAGCUAUUUUUAGUCUUCCUCUCCCUUUUCCUUUUUCCCCCUUUUGCAUGGCGAUUUUUGUUGACUUUUUGGUGUAGAAUCCAGGAAAAGGGUUUGAACAUACAUUUUCUGCCAGGUUUUGGUGAAUAUUCAUAAUUUUGAUGCGGAAGGAUACAAGAGUUGAGAGGUUGGUUAGGUUGAAAUGUAGGGCCUGAAAUUGCAUGUUUAUUUGUCUCUACUUCCAGCUUGUGUAUCUCAAGUUUUUCAUGAAGAACCUCAUACGUGCUUUUGGGCAAGUGGUUGCCACAUGUUGCUCCAUCUGUGGUAGAAAGCGUUCUACCCAACGAAAAUUUGGGAAAAAGUUAGAGCCGGUCUAAGAUACGAGAAUUAACAUUGGAGUCAAUGGGGAAAUCUUUAGUGAUCUGUGUCCGUAUAGUAUAGUAUAUAUAGUAACAAAUUUAUUAUACAGAAAUCAAGUGUUCGACAAUUUACUAUACCAUACACGUUAUGAUUACUUUACAAACGAUUCAACUUUUGUGAGGUGUAUUAACUUUGUGAUUAUGAUAUACAGCGUGCUUCACAUAUGACACGAAAUGGCUAACACUCUGUUCAUUGUCAAUAAUAACCUUGUAAAUGCUUGAUAUGUUUAAUUGCCAUUGCUUGUCUACGAAAUACCCCUAGGUGGAAGCGAGCGUAGAGUCCCAGAAGUUUUUGUGAUUCAUUUUAAAAUCGGAUUAUAGGAUUUAACCAUGGAUUGGAUUUACAUGUUGUUGUUAACGUGCUUCUCUAUGAUAUCUCAUCUGGUAGUAUCAAGCGAUGAUUGUGGGUGUGACGAUAAUCCGGAGGUGGUUAAACUUUACCGUCAUGACCUUCCAAGCAAUCUCUCCGGCGUGGAUGUGUUUUAUGACGUUGAUUUGUCAAAUGACUCUAUAACAGAUUUACAAACUUUAUUGUCAUCUUCAUUAACGUCAAUACGACAUCAUAUAAUACAUUUAGAUUUAAGUUAUAAUCAUAUCCAACAGGUUCAAAGGUCAUUCUUUACGGCCUUACCGAAACUAAGAAGUAUCCUGUUAUCUUCUAAUAAUAUUUCCUCUUUAGACAAGGACGUCUUUAUGGAUGCCAAAUGUUUACAAACAAUAGACAUAAGUGGAAACCAUAUUAAACAGCUACCCUCAGGAUUAUUGGGGAGACAAGGCGAGGUGCUGAGGAUUAAGACAUUUGAUGCUUCGCGGAAUCAAAUAAGUUUCAUGGGAUCGGAACUGUUUCAUGAAGGUUUAGUUUAUCUGAAAAACGUUGACAUUUCUUUUAAUAAUUUGGAGUAUUUCGACUCUUGGCCUUAUAGAACCAGGUCUAUAAACCCUGGCGAUGUAUCAGGUUGUCCUAUAGAUUUAGAUCUAUCAUCAUUAAGUUUCAAUUUCAUAUCCACCGAGGGAUAUACAUUCAAUUUGUCACAUAACAACAUAUCGUAUUUCAGAAAAGCUGUUGGAAUGGAACCGGGGCAACAGAAGAAUUUUAAAGUUGAUCUAACUUUUAACAACCUUCAAGAUUUCGCAGGUUGUAUUAAGGCAUUAAAUGCUAAUACCCCAUCGGGUGUAGCAAUUUUACGUCUAGAAUUAAAAAAUAAUCCGUGGUUUUGUGAUUGUUCACUUUACAAUGUUGCUCAUAAUGUGCAUAACAGCGUCUACACAGACCAAGCCAGAGAAUAUCUUUAUUGCCAAGAUCCACCAGAUCUACAAAACAGAUCGUUCGGCUAUUUAGUGGAAAAUACGGAUAAAUUAAUUUGCAAUAUAAGUGAAGAUUGUCCUAUGGGAUGUUUAUGUCAGGAUCGGCCUGCAGAGAGUUUAUUAGCAGUUGACUGCAGUAUGGUCAAAAAUCUAACAGAACUACCAGACCGACUACCAAAAUACCCACGGAUUUCUUUAAAUGUUUCUGGCAAUCAGAUAGAAAAAAUAGUCACAAGAAGGUACGCUCAUGCUUUAACUCGAUUGGAUGUUUCUCAUAAUAGACUAACAUCCAUCCAUCCUAAAUUCUUUGAUGACAGUAAAAUAUUGAAAUUCGUAGAUAUAAGUAACAAUUUCCUCACUUCUUUGCCUAUCACAUUGCGAAAUCUAAGAUUACCGUUAUCUGAUGUUCGAGUAGAGAACAAUUCUUUAGUCUGUUCUUGUGACACUUUGUGGAUGAAUGAAUGGUUAAAGGAAUUAAACGAAACUAAUUUGAGAUGUACAGCGAAUGGUAAUGUACAGUAUAUGCAAUCAGUUACAUACAAUAGUCUAACGUGUUAUAGAGACAAACUAUUAAUAGCCUGCUUUUUUUUAGGCUGUUUAUUAUCUGUAAUUAUUAUAUCUGUCGUAGUGGUUUAUAAAUGGAAAUAUGAAACGAGUGUUCUAUUGUAUCAUAUAUUUGGAGUUCGACCCUUUGAUAAACCGAAACAAGUACAACCAUUCGAUAUUCACGAAUAUGAACCAGUUUUUACUACUGAUGUAUAUAUCUCAUCAAACAGACAAAAUCCUAAAAUAAUAGGCUGGGUUACAAAAAAGCUUUUACCCAAAUUAGAGAACUUUAAAAAGACGUGUUAUUAUCCGCCUAAAGAUGACAUCCCUGGUGAUAGUAUAGCAGACGUGAUUACCAACGCCAUGGCAUCUAGUAGAAACAUUCUAGUUAUUCUAGAUGAUAGUAUUUUAGACAGGGAAUGGUGUAUGGAAGAAUUUUAUAUGGGGCAUCAAAUUGCUGGUAAAGUUAUCCUCGUGCUUUUUGACAGUCCAACAAAAUUUGAAGACAUUGAAACUGAACCAAUAAAAACUUAUAUAAACCGACAAAAUUAUAUUCAAAUGAAUCAUAAACUAUUUUGGCAUAAAUUAGAAUAUGAACUGUCAAAGGCGAAUUAAGUUACGGUAGAUAUGGAUCAAGUUUAAGCCAAAUAGUUAACCUUUCGGUUGAACCCAGUAGAAAUAUUCGAUAAAGUUUGUGGAGUUUUUUUAAAAAGGAAAGUUGAUAAACGCUAUCGAGAGAGAGAGAGAGAGAGAGAGAGAGAGAGAUGAGGUUUAACGUCCUCUCGGCACAAACUACGUCAUUUCGGGAGUAACAUAUGUUUCACUUUUAUUUCAAUAAUUCGGUUGCGCGUAGGGGUUUUUAGAAGUGGGAGGAAGCCGGAGGACCCGGAGAAAACCCACAUAGUUUGACAGGCGACCCUACUCCUUGUCACGUGCAAGCGGGAGUUCGAAACCGCGCCACUUGACUUAAUGGCAGACCAAAAAUAGAUAUACAUGUACAUGUAUAAUUAAAAAUAGAUAUGUGAUGUAAUAGGUAAAUCAUGAAUAUUUUGUAUAGGACCAAUACGCGAUUGUAUGUAUUUAUAUUAAAAGGUAUUCCGAUGUAUAUAGAAAUGAUUUACGUUUCAAAGAAAUGAUUUACGUUUCAAAGAAAUGAUAUUACAUGUUAUAAUUUCUAUAGAUUAGAAUACAAUAUUUAUAACAAUAUUAUAAUUUAGUUAUUAAACAUGCAUUAUGCAAGAGCUAAAUCUGAUUAUUGCAAGUCUUAAUUUAGGCUUCAGAUGUUAUAGAAAUUAUAAAUUAGAUCUUUAUUUAAACAACAAGACCAAAAUCAACUCUGUAGACCCACGGAUGGCUCGGCUAUAGCUCGGAUUUAAAUAGGAUUUCACUCAUUGAUUAAAUCAGAUAAGGGGUAACCUGAUGAAAAUACGUCUGUUAGAUCGAGGCUAAAUGAUAGAGUGUACUUAGCGAGGCCGCUGUAAAGCGUUUCCGUAUGCCAUUGAAAACUUUACUUGAUAAUCGAGAAAUGUAGGUGGAGUUAACGCCUGUCAAUCAAACGAUCAGCGAAGGUGAAGACACAAUUCGCUACCAUUUCUAGGCAAAUAUUACAACGAUGAUAACUAUGUUCAGAAUAAAGUAAUUUGACUGAAUUUUUCAAUAUAUUCUUCUUUCAUCAUCUACCUUUGAACUGUUAUAGCAAGAAUGGCCAACUCUCUAUAAAAAUCUCCCAUAAUGUAUCUUUAAGUAUUAUAUAAAUGAAAUUGUAGAUAUAAAAAUAUGUUCUUCUAUUUUUUUGUGUCUUUUAUAUUAAAAGCUAUUCCAGUGUAUAUAGAAAUACUUUAGC